AGCUGCAAUAGAUAAGCAGAUACAUCUGCCAGGGGAGCGCUGCUGUCAUUCUUGUGUUCUGGGCAUUCCAUUGACACGAUGCCUUCUGCUGCUGAUUCUGACACGCUGAUUUUUUUUGUGAAUGGAAGAAAGGUCACAGAGGAGAAUGCUGAUCCUGAAAUGACUCUACUGUCCUACCUAAGGAAAGUUAUCCGUAUGACAGGCACUAAAUACGGCUGUGGGAGCGGAGGCUGCGGUGCCUGUACAGUGAUGGUGUCGAGAUAUGAUCCCAAGAAAAAGAAGGUCCACCACUCCCCAGCAACAGCGUGCCUGGUACCCAUCUGCUCUCUCCAUGGGGCAGCCAUUACCACAGUGGAAGGUGUGGGAAGCAUCAAAAAGAGGAUUCACCCUGUGCAGGAACGGCUUGCCAAGUGUCAUGGCACGCAGUGUGGAUUCUGCAGCCCCGGGAUGGUGAUGUCCAUCUACACGCUGCUCAGGAACCACCCGGAGCCGACACCUGAUCAGAUCACAGAGGCUCUUGGAGGUAAUUUGUGCCGAUGCACCGGCUACCGACCGAUUGUAGAGAGCGGGAAGACAUUUUCUUCGGAGGCUACUGUUUGCCAAAUGAAGGGGUCUGGGAAGUGCUGCUUGGAUUCAGAUGACAGGUCUUUAGUGAGCAGAGAGGAAAAAAUGUGUACCAAACUGUACAAUGAAGAUGAGUUCCAGCCCUUGGACCCAUCGCAGGAACCUAUAUUUCCUCCUGAGCUGAUCAGAAUGGCAGAGGACCCAAACAAGCGGAGGCUGACGUUCCGAGGGCCGAGGGCCACCUGGAUCAUGCCCGUGACCUUGAAGGGCCUCCUGGAACUGAAAGCCAGCUACCCCAAAGCCCCACUGGUCAUGGGGUACACUGCAGUAGGACUCCGUAUUAAAUUUAAUGAUGAAUUCUACCCAGUUUUUAUAUCCCCACUUGGGCUUCCAGAACUGCAUUUUGUGAGCACCUCAGAUAACGGGGCAACCAUAGGGGCAGGAUACAGCCUGGCACAGCUGAGCGAUGCCUUGGAUUUUCUGGUUUCGGAGCAACCGGAGGAGAAGACCAAGACCUACCGGGCCCUUUUGAAGCAUCUGAGGACACUUGCAGGGCCCCAGAUUAGGAAUAUGGCUACUUUAGGAGGGCAUGUGGUGAGCCGGCCUAAUUUUUCUGACCUCAACCCCAUUUUAGCAGCUGGAGACGCUACCAUCAAUGUCAUAUCUAAAGAAGGAGAACGGCAGAUCCCUUUAAAUGGCCCUUUCCUUGAGGGGGCGCCUGAGGCCGACUUGAAACCAGAAGAGGUUGUGGUGUCUGUUUCCAUUCCUUACUGUACCAAGUGGCACUUUGUGUCAGGACUCCGGCUGGCCCAACGUCAGGAAAAUGCCUUUGCCAUUGUCAACGCCGGCAUGAGUGUGAAGUUUGAGGAAGGUACGGACACAAUCAAGGAUCUGCAGAUGUUCUUCGGCAGUGUUGCCCCCACUGUGGUCUCUGCGAGCCGAACCUGCAAGCAGCUUGUUGGGCGGCAAUGGGACGACCAGAUGCUGAGCGAUGCGUGCCAGUGGGUCCUGGAGGAGAUCCGCAUCCCACCGGCGGCUGAGGGCGGCAUGGUGGAGUACCGACGCACCCUCAUCAUCAGCCUGCUCUUCAAAUUCUACCUCAAAGUGCGGAGGUGGCUGAAUAGAAUGGAUCCCCAGAAGUUUCCUGACAUCCCAGAAAAGUUUGUGAGUGCUCUAGAUGACUUCCCCAUAGAAACACCCCAAGGAAUCCAGAUGUUCCAGUGUGUGGAUCCCAACCAACCCAAGCAAGAUCCAGUUGGGCACCCAGUCAUGCACCAGUCGGCCAUUAAACAUGCCACAGGGGAAGCUAUAUUUGUUGAUGACUUGCCUCCCAUUGACCAAGAACUUUUCCUUGCCGUAGUCACCAGUACCAGGGCCCAUGCAAAGAUCACAUCACUCGAUGUGUCGGAAGCCCUGGCGUGUCCAGGCGUAGUGGAUGUGAUUACAGCCGAGGAUGUCCCGGGAGAUAAUAACCACAGUGGAGAGGUUCUCUACGCGCAUGAUGAGGUCAUUUGCGUGGGUCAGAUCGUCUGCACUGUGGCUGCUGACACCUAUGCCCACGCAAAAGAAGCAGCUAAACGCGUGAAACUUGCUUACAAUGACAUCGAUCCAGAGAUCAUCACAAUAGAGGAAGCCCUAGAACACGAUUCUUUUCUUUCUUCUGAGAAAAAAAUUGAACAAGGAAAUGUAGACAGUGCCUUCAAACAAGUGGACCAAAUCAUUGAAGGUGAGAUCCACGUGGAAGGCCAGGAACAUUUUUACAUGGAGACGCAAAGUAUCGUGGCUAUCCCACAAACGGAAGACAAAGAGAUGGUGUUACAUGUAGGGACACAGUUUCCAACCCACGUGCAGGAGUUUGUGUCUGCAGCCUUAAAGGUCCCGAGGAGUAGAAUUGCCUGCCACAUGAAAAGGGCUGGAGGAGCCUUUGGGGGCAAAGUGACCAAGCCCGCUCUACUGGGAGCUGUCUGUGCUGUGGCCGCCAACAAGACUGGCCGCCCAGUCCGCUUUGUCCUAGAGCGAGGUGAUGACAUGCUGAUAACCGCGGGCCGCCACCCACUCCUGGGAAAAUACAAAAUUGGGUUCAUGAAUAAUGGAGAGAUCAAGGCAGCUGACGUAGAGUAUUACAUCAAUGGAGGAUGCACCCCCGAUGAGUCUGAGUUGGUGAUAGAAUUUAUUGUGCUGAAAUCUGAAAAUGCAUAUAAUAUUCCAAAUUUCCGGUGCCGGGGCAGGGCUUGCAAGACAAACUUGCCGUCCAACACAGCCUUCCGAGGGUUUGGCUUCCCCCAAGCUACAGUGGUCGUGGAGGCGUACAUAACUGCGGUGGCAGCUAAGUGUAACUUACUCCCUGAAGAGGUUAAAGAAAUAAAUAUGUAUAAGCGAACUAGCAAGACAGCCUAUAAGCAGACAUUUAACCCAGAGCCCCUGCGAAGAUGCUGGAAAGAAUGUCUGGAGAAGGCGUCGUUCUACGCUAGGAAGCAGGCUGCAGAGGAGUUUAACAAAAAGAAUUAUUGGAAGAAGAGGGGGCUUGUUGUCACCCCCAUGAAGUACAGCAUUGGGAUCCCCAUAGCCUUCUACCACCAGGCAGCCGCUCUGGUGAACAUCUACUUAGAUGGUUCCGUCCUGCUGACUCAUGGUGGCUGUGAGCUGGGACAAGGCCUACACACCAAAAUGAUUCAGGUGGCCAGUCGAGAACUCAACAUCCCACAGUCAUACGUGCACCUGUCGGAAACCAGCACCGUCACUGUGCCCAACGCUGUCUUCACCGCAGGCUCCAUGGGGACGGACGUCAAUGGAAAGGCCGUACAGAAUGCCUGCCAAAUUCUUCUGGACCGUCUCCGUCCCAUCAUCAGGAAAAACCCUAAAGGAAAGUGGGAAGAAUGGGUCGCAAAAGCCUUUGAAGAAUCCAUCAGCCUCUCGGCCACGGGGUAUUUCAAAGGCUACCAGACAAACAUGGACUGGAAGAAGGGAGAAGGCGAUGCCUACCCGUACUACGUCUACGGCGCAGCCUGCUCUGAAGUUGAAGUCGACUGUCUGACUGGGGCACACAAGCUCCUGAGAACUGACAUCUUCAUGGACGCCGCCUUCAGCAUAAACCCCGCCCUGGAUAUCGGGCAGAUUGAGGGAGCGUUUAUCCAAGGCAUGGGAUUCUACACCAUAGAGGAGCUGAAGUACUCCCCAGGGGGUAUGCUCCGCUCUCGGGGCCCAGAGGACUACAAAAUCCCCACCGUCACUGAGAUACCACUGGAGUUCUACGUCACUCUGGUGCGCUCUCGGAAUCCCAUAGCCAUCUAUUCGUCCAAGGGAUUAGGUGAGGCUGGCAUGUUCAUGGGGUCCUCGGUUUUGUUUGCCAUAUACGAUGCAGUGACUGCUGCCCGCAGGGAGAGAGGACUGAGUGACAUCUUCCCCUUGAAUAGCCCAGCAACACCUGAAGUGAUUCGCAUGGCUUGUACAGACCAAUUUACUGACAUGAUUCCCAGAGACGACCCUUCAACAUUCACACCUUGGUCCAUCCAUGUGUCUUAAUCUAGUGUCUUUGAGAAAAAGAAAGAGCAUACAACUGAUUCAGAUGAGCCUCAAAUCAGAGCAGCAUACAGGUUGACUACAAUUUGCCAAGCACGAUUUUACUGUUAUUCUCUGUGAUUAGUUGAUUGUGUGAUUACAUAUUAUUAAGAUGUAGAUUUUUACCAAGUAGUGUGACAAAUCUUAGAAUCAGACAUUCUGAUUUAGCUUUUAUUAGCCUGGAAAUAUGCAUCAUGGUGGCUUUUAAACCUGGCGAUGUUCUAUUGAC